AGCUCCACCACCACGAGACCAUCCAAGAGAAGAACGUGAAAGAAGCCAAAACCAAGUGCAGAACUAUUGCAUCCCUGCUGACAGACGCACCCAACCCCCACUCCAAGGGGGUGCUGAUGUUCAAGAAGCGCAGGCAGAGGGCUAAGAAGUAUACAUUGGUAAGCUUUGGGAGCGUCGACGAAGACCGCUCCUACGAGGAGGAAGACGGAGUUUUUCCAACUAGUGAGUCUGAAUUUGAUGAGGAAGGUUUCUCUGAUGCCCGAAGCCUAACUAAUCACUCAGACUGGGACAACACUUACCUGGACAUUGAAAAGUCCAAGUCUGACUCUGAACAGAAGGAAGAGAAGCCAAAAGGUUUGAGUGAGGCCUCAGGUAAAGGAGCACGAUUAUUUGAGCAGCAGAGGGAAAGGGCUGGGAAGUACACAGUCGAGAAAGCAGACAGCGUGCCCCUCAGCAUCCACCUGGAAGGUGUGCAAGUGCCCAGCAAGCAGCCAGCCACCCUCCCUGCUCAGCUCCUGGCUCCCCCUAGCCCCACUUUCUUCCCGCCUCCCCCAAGCACACCAGACCCCUUCUCUGCAAGCUCAACGAGCAUGUUCAACAGGUCUGCACAGCCCUUUACUCCUGGCUUUUCUGGCCAACGCCCAGCAACAUCCUCUGUCAUCUUCAGGCCAUCUGCACCCAAAAAAUCUAGUCAAAGUCUGGGUGGGCAAACCACGGUGGUUCCCCCUUUCUCACCUCUGGCUCCAGGAACACCUGCCAAUGCACCAGUGCCAACACACCGCGGUCCAGUCAGCUCCUCCACAUCUCUGUAUAUUCCUGCACCAGGAAGGCCAACACCACCACUGGAGUCACAGCCAAGAGGGGGAGGAAGUGCUCCAGAGACUAAGCCUUCUGCCAACACUGCCCGGACAUCCACCACCUCUAUCUUUCUGUCAGCUCCCUCAAAGCCAGGAGGGGAGCAGCCUUCUCCUGCCGUCUCACCAGCAAUGCCACGACCUCCUUCGGAGCCCUUAACCUCCAGGGAGCAGAGGAUUGCCGUGCCUGCUCCCCGCACAGGCAUCCUCCAGGAGGCUCGCCGGCGGGGCAACAAGAAACCCAUGUUCAGUAAGAUUGAGGAGAAGAAGAAGAAUUCACCCAACCCUGAGCUCCUGUCUCUGGUGCAGAACCUGGAUGAGAAGCCGAAAGGUGACCACCCUGGGGCAGGCUUCGAGUCUGGGCCUGAGGAGGACUUCCUCAGCCUGGGUGCUGAGGCCUGCAACUUCAUGCAGUCCUCUGGCCGCAAGUUCAAGACCCCACCUCCAGUGGCUCCUAAGCCUCAGCAGCAAGAUGCUGGACUGGUAAAUGGGGCCCAGGACAUGCCUCAGCUUAAAGGCAAGGGGGCAGCACUCUUUGCCAAACGCCAGAGCCGCAUGGACAAAUUUGUGGUGGAGACAACACGGAAGCCAGAGUCCAAGCCCAGGACCCCCUCUCCUUCCCCUUCUCUACCUUCAUCCUGGAAAUAUUCACCCAACAUCCGGGCUCCCCCUCCAAUCGCUUACAACCCAAUGCAUUCCCCUUUCUAUCCCCUGGCAGCCACCAAAUCUCAGGCUAGCAAAGCAGAGAGCAAAGUGAAAAAGGCACCUGGCCAGAAAUCAGGGAUCAAGGUCAUUGAUUUAAUGCGCCACCAGCCCUAUCAAUUAAAGUCAGCCAUGUUCUGUUUUGGGGAUCCCCCAAGCCCCAGCACUCAGGAGUCUCCUGGUCAGCGAGCCCCGCAGGCUAGCUCGUCCUUCAAGGCAGCCAAGCAGGUCCCCGUGAAAACAGCCAAGACCCAGGAGAUUCGUCGCUUCUCCACUCCGGCUCCCAUGCCAGCCUCAAGCAGCCUGUCACCCACCGUGCUUGUGCCCCGCUCAGCCACCACGUUGGAUGAGCCAGUGUGGAGAACAGAAAUGGCCUCUUCUGCCCCCGCUACACCAGCGCCCUUCCAGGUGGAGCUCAGCCAGUCCCCGAAGCCAUACCAGAGCUCCCCAGAGCCUGGUCAGGCAGGCCAGGGGCCUUCUCCAAACCCAGCCUCAGCCUCUCGGUUUCAGGUGGCAAGGCCCAAGUUCUCAGCAGCGAGAACAGGGAUGCAGGCCAAUGUGUGGAGGCCAAGCUUUGGCCACCACUGAGGCAGGCAGCCCUCCACUGAGGCAGGCACCCCUCCCAUCCUGUCUGUGGCCCCGCAGAGAUAGUGCUUGUUUUGUCUUUCAUGUCAGCUCAGUACAUUGGGAUGAGUGACACAAAAUGAAGAAAAGAGAAAAAAAAAAAUUACUCCCCUUCUGCACCACCCUCUCCCCCAGCCUCCCCUUGGUCUCAGAUGGGCAGCUUCAUGGCAAGGCUUACUGGCUGUGGCUAUAGCAGGAGGAAGAAUAUGGAGGCAGGGCACAUGUGCGGUACACAGAAACUGGGAACUUGCACGCAGCAGCAAAACCCACCUCUGGAGGGGGUGAAUGGCAGGGGUUGUCUCACAUGAGGACAUGUAGGCGGUAGUGGUUUUCCUUUCCCAAGGGCUUUGGCGUCGCCCCGGAAUGGAGGGAGAUUGGGAGACCAAGAGCUUUCCAGGAAGAAAGGGUCACAGAUGGGAUUACAGUACAGAAUCCCUAGCUUCCCCAUUAGACUGCUUUUCUCUGAGCCUGUCAGUCUGUACACACGCACCCGUGUGUGCACACACACAUGCACACACAUGCACGCAGCAACACUCAGCAGGGAGUGAAAGUAGAAGUGGGGCUUCACCUUGGACACUUGUCCCAGACUCCCUUCCAGAGGGGCACGGGAAAGAAGGCAAGAGAGCAGAGUGAGCGGGAGUGUUUGCACACGCACGCAUGGGCAGUGUGCCCUGCGCAGGAGGGUGGCCAUGUGUGCCCAUUCCUCCAGUCACCAGGGCUGGGGGUAAAUAGGCGAGUCAUCCUAACUGGUGCUGAACAUGGCGAUCAGGUCUGGGAGCAGUUUGCCAAAGAGGGGCAUUGGAUGGAUUUGGUGGGGCUAUCACAAGCUGGAGGAACCGCAGAAGGAAGCAUCAAUUUUUGAGGAUACACAAAGUCAAAGCUAAGCUCAGGCAGUGGCUGGCUGGCACAAGGCAGGCCCUGCAGCAUUAGUCCCACUGGAACAGGAUACGGAUGCUGUAAGUACAAAGGAGGAUUAUGUGGGAGAAGGUACAGUUGGCUUUAAAAGGAGGCAGGAUUGAAUAUGCAUUUGCACAUUAUCUUUUUGUUUAGUUUAGGACAGAAGUGUGGCUAGAUUGGAAAUGGGUCAUGACAUAAAACUUGCUGAAAACUCUUAUGAGCUGAAAAAUGGAGCCCCUUUACAGAUGCUCUCAGUAUGGAAGUGGAGGACAGGGAAACAGAAAGUCACAAGUAGAAUUUCAUACUAAAUGAUUUAAAUAUCCUUGGGGUCUCUUUGGUAAGAACUGAAGUGCACUGAGAGUCCCAGAGGAUCUGCACUCACACACACAUACAGAGCUCAGUUUGCUGGCGAUGCUGGGGAAACAGGACUGGUUAUUCCUUGAAUGUCCCAGGCUAGCCUCAGACUUAAUCCCUACACUAAAGGCAUACAAGAAGAAAGCAUUCCCUUUCCCAAGGAAGAAUUCAGGACAUUAGUAGGGACUGUGCAUGUGUGUGUGCAUGUCAUCUGUGCUCUGGUUUGUACACACCCCUGCCAUUUGCUUUCCGCCUGUGCUCCCCCUUUUGCAGCAGCCACUUUUACAGUGUGAUCCCACAAGUACACCAAGAAGGCAUUACUUCCUGAAGCACUGGUGCCCAAACACAGCAGAUGCCCCAGGUUCAGGGAAGGGGCUUGCCACCUCUUCCUGGGCAGGGGUUGCCCAGCCUUUUGCUAGACCCUCAGGAGUGAGUACUGGAGGCAGGAUGAGGGUCUCAUAGCCCUGCUUGAGACAUGUCUCCAUCUCAUUAGACUUGCUCCUCUCCUUCAAGCAGAAGCCGUUCUCUGACUGGACUGAGCACAAACUUGGAUGUACAAAACCGUAGGUUCUGGGGAGAAAAAAAGGAGUGCAAAUGGGGCUGAUGCUAAGUCCGUAAGCAGUGCAGCUAGUGUGGUUUCACACAAAGUCCAAGCCAACCUUUCUUCGCACAGCUGGAGCUUACAAUGUGUAGCUCUUUUCACAAAGCUGGGGGUCUACUUUUUCUUGGAGGCUCUAAAGUGCUUCUCUGUGAGCACCUGGAGAUUCUGCAUGUGUGCUCUCCCAUGAAGAAAAAGAGGUCUGGAGAACCUAGCUAGCAGCUCUAGUCCCGGACUAGGUUGGGAGGGAGAGAAUGAGAAAAGGAAAAGUAAUACGCAAUCCUUCCUUCGAAUCCUUCACACUCUGGCUGGGCUUGUUCUGCAGGCCUGUGUUUGCAGUGCACAUUCCUGGGGGCCCUGAAACAUAGGAUGAGCAUGCUGGGGAGGGAGGAAGACAGCACCUACACCUCACUUGGCAGACUGUCAGCCAUGGGAGAGGGUGGAGAGAAAACUUUGGGGAAUGCCUUGAGUUAAUGAGCAAAGGGGUGGCUGAGCCAGAA